UGUCCCUUCCGGGGCCGGGGAUGGCGGCCGGAGGCUGAAGGAGGGGCAGCCCCGGCUUCGAGAGGGCGGUGCCACCGGAGCCGCGGGGCGGGGGUUGCCGUUGGGCGAGGCUGCGGCUGGUGCCGCCCAUGUCCGGGUGACGCGGUGCCGGAAGCGGGCGCGGUGCGGAGCCGCCAUGGAGUUCCCGGAGCUGGGCGCGCACUGCUCCUGGCCCGCCUGCCAGCGCCUGGACUUCCUCCCUCUCAAGUGUGAUGCUUGCGAACAGAUCUUCUGCACCGACCACAUCACUUAUGCCCAGCACGACUGCACCUCUGCCUACAAGAAGGAUGUCCAAGUCCCUGUGUGUCCCCUCUGCAAUACCCCAGUCCCCGUGAGGCGGGGGGAGAUGCCUGAUGUUGUGGUGGGUGAGCACAUCGACCGUGACUGCAAGUCCGACCCUGCACAGCGCAAGCGCAAGAUCUUCACCAACAAGUGUUUGAAGCCUGGCUGCAAGCAGAAGGAGAUGAUGAAGGUGAUCUGUGACCAGUGCCACAAGAACUACUGCCUCAAGCACCGGCACCCCCUGGACCACGACUGCAGUGGGGCAGUGCGUCCACUCUCCAAAGCAGGGCACGCUGCAGUUGCGAGAGCCCAGGCAUCCUCCUUCAAAACGGUCACUGCAUCGAGCAGCAGAGCUGCCCGGCCAGCAGACAGCCCUCCUUCUCCAGCCCCUGCCAGAGGAGGCAGAGCAGCUGUGCUGCAGGCUCGCAGCACCUCCCCUCCAGCUGUCAUGCUGCAGAACGGGCUGAGUGAGGAAGAGGCUCUGCAACGAGCUCUGGAGAUGUCCCUGGCAGAGUCAGCACGCAGCUCAGCACAGCCACCCAGCAGCACACAGGAGGAGGAGGAUCUGGCACUGGCCCGGGCAUUGUCAGCAAGCGAAGCUGAGUACCAGCAGUCGCAGCGGCAGGUGCAGGGUUCAAAGCCAUCGAACUGCAGCAUGUCAUAGGCAGGUGAAGCAGGGUGCACCAGUGGACGUGGGAUCCUGCUCGUGACCUGAGGAGCGGCUCUGGCCUCCCUCAUGGAUGCCAUGGGGUUCUGGCAUGGACACUGAUGACAAGAGCCUCUCUCCAGGGACCACUCAUCUCCCUGGGGGCUGUAGGCAAGCCACCAAGCACACACUGACACCUCAGCCCUCGUACCUGUAUAAAAUCAGUGCAGCAAGUUGCUGAUGCGCCUGGAGAGGUGAAGGCAGUGUGGAAGGAGGCUGAGCACUCACUGACCAAAGCAAGUGAUAGCCUACAGCAUGCACUUAGCCACAGCUGCUGUGGCUGUGUCCCAGCACUGCUGGGAAUCUGGGGUGAGGGCAGAGCCAUCCUGGAGGGGAAGUUCCAUGUGGGGACAUCUCUGCAUGCUUAGAUGUACAGCUGGGAUACAGCUGCCUGCUGCAGUGGUGGGGGCUGGAUUUCAUGCUCCUGAAGGGCUGUUGCCAGCCCCUCAGCAAAGAGCAACUGUGGCUGGGACGAUCUCUUGCAUGGACAUGGCACAGCUGAAUGUGCAGCCUCCUGUCAGUGUGGAGGCAGCCCCUUCCCUGCUCCUCAUGCGUUGGUGCCUCCCCUGCUGUCUGCAUGCACAAGACCACCCUGGGCCUUACCUGCCUUGGCUGGGUCCUGCACCUCUCUGAGACUGAAUGAGCUGCAUUUCCUUUCUGGUUUAAUUUAACAAGGGCCAUUAUCUGAAAAGUAACCUCAGCAAUGACUGCGGUAAUGUUGCUGGCAUGGGAGGGCUGUAGCUGCCUUCCUGCUGUUGGGUGCUCUCUGCUACCCAAAACAAUCCCAGGGCCCUGUUUCAAUGCUGCUGGGGCAGGAACACUUCUGCUCUUGCACCUGUGCUGCAGGGAAUUCCGUCCAGGGUAAGAGCAGCACAGAGCCCCCGUCUGUAACCACAGCCCUGAGCCUGGAGCCAGCCCUUCAUGGCUGGGGUUUGGAGGCAGGAGCUGAUGCAUGAGCAGGGGUCACUUGUCCAGCUGGCCUAUUGCAGAGCAGAGUGGUGCUGCUUUCCCACUGCUCUGUCAUGCAUCCCUGCUGGAACCAGUCUUGCCUGUAGGGCUGUGCCUGGCUCUGCAUGGGACUGGGCUGCCCUACAGCCAAGGGGGGUUUAUCUGCUGGCAGUGCCUCCCUGGGGUGGGAGAUGGGUUCAGACUGGGCCCUUGGGAGAAAAUAAAAGCGGAGCAUGAGGUGCAGA